AUGACCGAUGAGCAGCUGCCCCUCAAGGAGAUGUCUGACAACCACACCAGCCCUCUCCUGCCAGAGCCUCUUUCCAGCAGACACAAACUCUACGAGUCAGAGCCGAGCAGCCCUACCUGGCCGUCUAGCCCCCAGGAUACACACCCGGCCCUGCCCCUGCUGGAAAUGCCUGAAGAAAAGGAUCUCCGAUUAUCUGACGAAGACAGCCACAUUGUGAAAAUUGAAAAACCCAGUGAAAGGAACAAAAGGAAAGGGAGCAAGGUGUCCCACAGGGGCUCUGCAGACCGGGGAGGCUUCAGCCUCUUCCAAGCAGUGAGCUACCUCACGGGGGAGAUGGAGGAGUACAGGAACUGGCUGAAAGAUAAGCCCUUGGCCUUCCAGUUCGUAGACUGGAUCCUGAGGGGAGYCGCUCAGGUGAUGUUCGUCAACAACCCUCUCAGUGGGCUCAUCAUCUUCAUUGGGCUUCUGAUCCAGAAUCCCUGGUGGACCAUUGCUGGGGCUCUGGGGACAGUGGUCUCCACCUUAACUGCCCUCGCCUUAAACCAGGACAGAUCAGCCAUUGCCGCAGGACUGCAUGGCUACAAUGGGACGCUGGUGGGACUGCUGGUGGCCGUGUUCUCUGAGAAGUUGGACUACUACUGGUGGCUUCUAUUCCCUGUGACCUUCACAGCCAUGGCCUGCCCAGUUAUCUCCAGUGCCCUGAGCACCAUCUUCAGCAAGUGGGACCUGCCAGUUUUCACGUUGCCCUUCAACAUCGCUGUGACUCUGUACCUGGCAGCCACAGGCCACUACAACCUCUUCUUCCCCAUGACGCUAGUAGAGCCUGUGUCGUCGGUACCCAAUAUCACCUGGACAGAGAUUGAAAUGCCCUUGCUCUUACAAGCCAUCCCCGCUGGGGUUGGCCAGGUGUAUGGCUGUGACAACCCCUGGACCGGCGGCGUGAUCCUGGUGGCUCUGUUCAUCUCCUCCCCGCUCAUCUGCUUACACGCAGCCAUCGGGUCCAUCGUGGGGAUGUUAGCAGCCCUGACGGUGGCCACGCCCUUCGAGACAAUCUAUAUGGGCCUCUGGAGCUACAACUGCGUCCUCUCCUGCAUCGCCAUCGGGGGCAUGUUCUACGCCCUCACCUGGCAGACCCACCUACUGGCACUUGUCUGUGCUCUGUUUUCUGCAUACAUGGGAGCAGCCCUUUCUAACAUGAUGGCGGUGGUGGCUGUGCCACCAGGCACCUGGGCCUUCUGUAUCUCCACCCUCAUCUUCCUGCUUCUGACGACCAACAACCCAGCCAUCUACAAGCUCCCACUCAGCAAGGUCACCUACCCAGAGGCCAACCGCAUCUACUACCUGACAAUGAAAAGCAGUGAAGAAGAGAAGUCUCCCAGCGGUGGCAGUGGGGAGCAGUCACCACCACCAGGCCCAAAGGCGGAGGAGGGCUCUGAGGCUGUGCUCCCCAGGCAAAGGAGCGUGUUCCACAUCGAGUGGUCGUCCAUUCGGAGGAGGAGCAAAGUGUUUGGAAAAAGCGAACACCAGGAGAGACAAGCCAAAGAGCCAUUUCCCUAUCCAUACCGGAAGCCCACCAUUGAGCUGCUUGAUCUGAACACCAUGGAGGAGAGCUCCGAGAUUAAGGUAGAAACCAGCACGUCCAGGACUUCCUGGAUCCAAAGCUCCAUGGCYGCCAGCAGGAAGAGGGUCAGCAAAGCCCUCAGCUACAUCACGGGAGAGAUGAAGGAAUGCGGAGAGAGACUUAAAGACAAAUCCCCAGUGUUCCAGUUUCUGGACUGGGUGCUCCGGGGCACGUCUCAGGUGAUGUUCGUGAACAACCCCCUCAGCGGCAUCCUCAUUGUCCUUGGCCUCUUCAUCCAGAACCCCUGGUGGGCCAUCUCGGGUUGCCUGGGCACCAUUGUGUCCACCUUGACAGCCCUCAUCCUGAGCCAGGACAGGUCAGCAAUUGCAGCAGGACUCCAUGGCUACAACGGAGUGCUGGUGGGGCUGCUGAUGGCAGUGUUCUCAGACAAAGGCAACUAUUACUGGUGGCUUCUGCUCCCUGUCAUCGUCAUGUCCAUGUCUUGCCCCAUCCUCUCCAGUGCGCUGAGUACCAUCUUCAGCAAGUGGGACCUGCCAGUCUUCACGCUGCCCUUCAACAUUGCUGUGACCCUGUACCUGGCAGCCACAGGCCACUACAACCUCUUCUUCCCCACGAUGCUGCUACAGCCUGCAUCCUCUGUGCCCAACAUCACCUGGUCGGAGGUCCAGGUGCCCUUGCUUUUGAGAGCCAUCCCCGUUGGGAUCGGCCAAGUGUACGGCUGCGAUAACCCCUGGACUGGAGGCAUUUUCCUCGUGGCCCUGUUCAUAUCCUCACCUCUCAUUUGCUUACACGCAGCAAUCGGAUCYACCAUGGGGAUGUUAGCAGCGCUCAGCAUUGCCACUCCCUUUGAUGCCAUCUACUUCGGCCUGUGUGGCUUCAACAGCACUCUGGCGUGCAUUGCCAUCGGAGGCAUGUUCUACGUCAUCACCUGGCAGACRCACCUCCUGGCCAUUGCCUGUGCACUGUUUGCGGCCUACCUGGGGACUGCCCUGGCCAACAUGUUAUCUGUGUUUGGAUUACCACCCUGCACCUGGCCCUUCUGCCUCUCAGCGCUCACCUUCCUGCUCCUGACGACCAACAACCCYGCCAUCUACAGGCUCCCGCUCAGCAAGGUCACCUACCCAGAGGCCAACCGCACCUAUUACCUGUCCCAGGAGAGAAACAGAAGAGUAUCCACCACAACCAAGUACCAGGCCUACGAUGUCUCCUAAGUGACCCUUUCCAGCAGGCUACCUGUGUCCCCAGGCUAAAAGUCACUUAACCUCCCCUCUGUCUGUUCUGUGAUUCUCCCUGCCAAGCACAGACCAAAAUGUGUGUGGUCACCUUCAGGAGUCUCCCUAAGAUGCACGACACUUGUCCACAACAUGUUAGUUUAGACUUGACACCCACGGCUGGCUCUAUUGGCCCAAGAGCUCCCUUUGAGGGGAACUUGCUGUCUUCUGCAAAAUAAGCCUCAUCCUUAAAGAGAGGUCACC